UGCAUAGGACAGCUGGGCAUAUGUGCGCCAGCAUCUCGGCUCCGUCACGCUCAUUCAUUCACUCCAAGCACCCAGCCUCUGCUGCAGGGCCUCGCUCCGGGGGCCGCCCCACAGGAAAGGUAUAUAUAGUUCAGACAUUUAGAACCAGAAGUCUUCUUUCUCUUAAACACUCUUUAUGAAGGAGUAAUCUGACAUCCUCUUCAAUCUAGCUGUUCAGUGAGUUAUCCACAUUUUUUAUUUGGCAGAAAGAACAAUUUCUUUGAGGCUUGUCAGCCUGCUUGAAUUGAACCUGACACACCUAUAACAUUCCCUUAUUGCAAAUGCCUAAGAACAGCAAGGUGGUAAAAAGAGAACUAGAUGAUGAGGUCAUCGAGUCAGUUAAGGAUCUUCUCUCAAAUGAAGACUCUGCAGAUGAUGCCUUUAAGAAAAGUGAACUACUGGUUGAUGAUCAAGAACAUAAAGAUGUAGAUGUUGAAGAGGGGUCAGAUGUAGAAGAUGAAAGACCUGCCUGGAACAGCAAACUUCAGUAUAUUCUGGCACAAGUUGGAUUUUCUGUGGGAUUGGGAAAUGUAUGGCGAUUCCCAUAUCUGUGUCAGAAAAAUGGUGGAGGAGCAUAUCUUAUUCCAUAUUUAGUUUUGCUGCUGAUAAUAGGGAUUCCACUUUUUUUCCUGGAACUUUCUGUGGGCCAAAGAAUCCGACGAGGAAGCAUUGGUGUAUGGAAUUACAUCAGCCCCACUCUCGGUGGAAUUGGAUUUGCAAGCUGUGUAGUAUGUUUCUUUGUGGCCCUCUACUACAAUGUCAUCAUUGGAUGGAGUUUGUUUUACUUUUCUCAGUCUUUUCAGCAUCCCUUGCCAUGGGAUCAGUGUCCUUUGGUCAAAAAUGCUUCUCAUACCUUUGUGGAGCCCGAAUGUGAAAAAAGCUCUGCUACCACUUAUUACUGGUACAGAGAAGCGCUGAAUAUUUCCAACUCUCUCUCAGAGAGUGGGGGUCUGAACUGGAAAAUGACUCUGUGCUUGCUGGCUGCCUGGGUUCUGGUAGGCCUAGCAAUGAUCAAAGGCAUUCAGUCUUCAGGCAAAAUCAUGUAUUUUAGUUCCCUUUUCCCAUAUGUGGUACUUAUAUGCUUUUUAGUCAGAGGAUUACUCUUAAAUGGUUCCAUGGAUGGAAUUCGUCAUAUGUUUACACCUAAGAUUGAAAUAAUGCUGGAGCCAAAGGUCUGGAGAGAAGCUGCUACUCAGGUGUUCUUUGCCUUAGGGCUUGGAUUUGGUGGAGUCAUUGCCUUUUCAAGCUACAACAAGAGAGACAACAACUGCCAUUUCGAUGCUGUUCUGGUGUCUUUCAUCAAUUUUUUCACUUCUGUGCUGGCAACCUUGGUGGUGUUUGCUGUUCUGGGCUUCAAAGCAAAUAUGAUAAAUGAGAAAUGCAUUACUGAAAAUUCGGAGAUGAUUUUAAAACUUUUGAAAAUAGGCAAUCUAAGCCAGGACAUGAUACCCCAUCAUAUCAAUUUCUCAAGCAUUACAGCAAAUGAUUACAAUUUAGUGUAUGACAUCAUUAAAAAAGUUAAAGAAGAAGAAUUUCCUGCUCUUGGCCUGAAAUCUUGUCAGAUUGAAGAUGAACUUAAUAAGGCUGUUCAAGGCACCGGCUUAGCUUUUAUUGCCUUUACAGAAGCAAUGACCCACUUCCCUGCUUCUCCUUUCUGGUCAGUGAUGUUCUUCCUCAUGCUGGUAAAUCUGGGACUUGGAAGUAUGUUUGGAACCAUUGAAGGAAUCAUCACACCCAUUGUUGACACCUUCAAAGUGAGGAAAGAAAUUCUUACAGUCAUCUGCUGCCUGGUAGCAUUUUUAAUUGGCCUGAUCUUUGUGCAGCGCUCUGGAAAUUAUUUUGUCACAAUGUUUGAUGAUUACUCUGCUACUCUGCCUCUACUUAUUGUGGUCAUUUUGGAGAAUGUUGCCAUUUCUCGAAUUUAUGGGAUAGACAAAUUUAUGGAGGACCUAAAGGAUAUGCUUGGUUUUUCUCCAAACCGAUAUUAUUACUACAUGUGGAAGUAUGUUUCCCCUGUAGUAUUGUUAUUUUUGCUGAUCGCUAGUAUUGUCCAAAUGGGAUUAAGUCCUCCUGGUUACAACGCUUGGAUUGAAGAAAAGGCUACUGAGGAGUUCCUGAGCUAUCCAGCAUGGGGAAUGACUGUCUGUAUAUCUCUGAUGAUAUUGGCCAUACUUCCUGUCCCUAUAGUCUUCAUAAUCCGCCGCUGCAACCUUAUUGAUGAUAGCUCUGGUAGCUUGGCAGCUGUAUCCUACAAAAGAGGACGGAUAAUAAAAGAGCCUGUUAAUCUAGAGGGAGAUGAUGCAAGUCUGAUUCAUGGGAAGAUUCCAAGUGAGGUUCCAUCUCCAAAUUUUGGUAAAAAUAUAUACCGGAAACAGACUGGAUCCCCUGCUCUGGAUACUGCUCCCAAUGGACGCUAUGGUAUUGGCUAUCUAAUGGCAGAUAUGCCAGAUAUGCCAGAGUCUGAUUUGUAGCUAGAGAACAACAUAAUUUCUUUUUUUUGUUUAUACUGUAUCACUGAACAUUGGCUCUCUAAGAGAAGUGGUUUGCUUCACUUUAUAGAAUGCAAUCUCAGGUCUCCACUAGCUGUAUUCUUUAAAAUAUCAUGAUGGUACAUACAGCACGACAAUUUCCAUUGGAUUUAUUUUCUGGUUUUAUAUUGCAUUAGAACAUAAGAAUGUCCACACAGGGUUAGACCAAAGGUCCAUCUGGCCCAGUAUCCUGUCCUCCGACAGUAGCCAAUGUCAGGUUCCAAGAGGGAAUGGACAGAGCAGUCAAUCAUAAAGCCAUCCAUUCCCUGUCACCUACCCCUAGCUUCUGGCAAACAUGGCAGGGACACCAUCCUUGCCUAUCCUGGAUAAUAGCCAUGGAUGGAUCUACCCUCCAUGAAUUUAUCUAGUUCUUUGUUAAAUUCUUGGCCUUCACAACAUCCUCUAGUAAAUACUUAUGUUGACUGUGUGUUGUGCAAAGAAAUAUAUUUUUUCUUUUAAACAUGCUGCCUAUUAAUUUCUUUUGGUGACCUCUAGAUCUUUUGCUAUUAGAAAGAGUAAAUAAUAUUUCCUUAUUUGCUUUCUCCAAACCAGUCAUGAUUUCAUAUCCCCCCUUUUCCCAAAAUGAAAGUCUGUCUUAUUAGUAUCUCCCCAUAUGAAAACUGUUCUAUGCUCUUAAUAACUUGUGUUUCCCCUCUGAACUUUUUCCAAUUCCAAUAUAUCUUUUUUUUUAGAUGGGGCAUGCAGUAUUAAAGAUAUGGUUGUACUAUGGAUUUAUAUACAGGCCAUAUGAUACAUGCUACCUUAUUCUCUAUCCCUUUCUUAAUGAUUCCUGACAUUGUUAGCUUUUUUCACUGCUGCCAUUGUGACAGGGUCAGGCCAGGGAGCUGCUGCAG